AUGGACGAGUUCUGCAGCUGGUGCAAGUCGCGACGCUGGUCUUACCGAUGUGGGACGUGCGACCCCGGGACAGAAAAGACCUUGUGCGCUAACUGCUCGACUCUGUGGCACUCACGCGGCAUUGCGCGUAGUCAUCAACUCACGACCAGCGACGGACGAACGCAAUCGUUUAGUGCCUGGACGACUUCAUCGCCGCAUGACGUCGACACGCGUAACGGCAGCGCAGAGGCAGAGGCAAGAGCAGAUGAAGGUGUUGCAAGAGGUUUGAAUGGGGAUCGAGCUCAGGAGGCUUCGGUGGGAUACGCAGAUGAUGUUGAAGUAGCCGUUGCAGGGGGAGAAGUGGCUGUGGAGAAUGCAACAAUUGCAAUGGAAAGCGUCGUGGAGGGUACGGAUGUGGAUAAUUGUGUGGAGGAAAAUGAGGAGUGUGAUAUGGCGAGUGGUGCGGAACGUAGUCGAGAAGACGGCGACGAUGCGAGCAAAGAGAGGAUGGAGUUUGAGGAGAAGGUGGCGAUCGCAGCUGCUGCAGAAGUGGUCAGAGAAGUUAACAUCGAUUUGGAAUUGAAAGAAACAAUGGAAACCACCGAUCAGAACGGGCAAGAGUUGAUGGAGUCACGUGGCUACGAUGCCGAGACCGAUCCGGUGGUUCCGACAACUUUAGCCGCCCCCGCGCUCUCUCCUGCUCCGCCUUCUACUCUUGUUGUUGAUACCGAUGACGUACAUGAAGCAGCUAGACCUAUCCUGGAUGAAGAUCCCUCGACUUUGGCGGCUGCAACCCCCGUAAAUAGUCCAGAAACGAUGUUAAAGCCUCCAGAGUAUAUCCGCACUGUUGCUCCUGCUACCAGUCCGACUUCAGAGCGAAUAUUAAAUUCUGCAAGUGCAACCCUUCAGCUGAAGCCUGUGGAUCUCGAGAAACUGCUGCGGUGGUUUCCCACAACCGACCGCGUGUUGACGGAGAUGCUGGCAACGCACAUCGAGAAAGCCCUUCGGAUUGAGGAUGCGCUUAUCUGCGCACGGAUUGGAAAAUGCGAAGAAAAGUCGUGUCGUUCUGUGCUCCUUCACUACGAGCAUUGCAAAACUGACGUGAGUUGUGGCGAUCCGAAGUGUGCCGAGUUAGCAACCGUUUAUCGGCAUUGUUGCGCUUGUGGGAUGAGAGGCACCGGUAGUUUAAGUUUUGUAUGUCCGUUUUGCAUUCGCAUUUGUCAACGGCGAAGUAUGGGUGUCAGUUCGGCGCUUGAUUAUCUCAUCAAUGAUCAACGUCGUGCACUCCAGAGUGUGCACAGUGAAGCAAGCCGCAGCUUUCGUUUACAAAGCAUCGAUGCGUGGCAAGAGCGCAAGCGGACUCUCCGGGUUGAAACGGACCGACUGAAUCAAUUAGCUAGCGAAAGCAGCGCCCCAAUUUACAAUUUUCCAAGGUACCAGUGGCAUUUCAAUGACACCGCGUUUAUUAAACGAGAACUGAUGCCAGUAAAGACCCAAGCGAAGGUUCCUGCUUUUGAUAUGCAAGCAGCCAGUUUGAGUGAAUCUGCAGCAACAGAGCUACCGUCUUCGGCUCCAGCAGAAGGCGGAAAUUAUUGUGAGUCAGGCAUCGCUGGAAUACGGCAGAAUCCCGGUGGGAUUCAAGAUGCGGGACAUGUAAACACCGGUGCAGAUUCCAUUAGCGCGCUACUUCGAGCGAAAAGCAAAGAUGGAGAGGGCAGAGAAGUGUCACAGCGAGAGUUUGACAAAAUUACGGAACAGGGUUACGCCAUUGUGGACGCCUCAUUUUGCGUCCCGUCCAAUGCACAGCGGUGUCUUCUCAACUGCAAGUCGAUCCUUGCGCACCUGCAACACCACUUCAAUCUGCAGGUGUGCAGCCAUCCGCUAUGUGCCAAGGUGAAGCACCACUUCGCGCACUUGUCGCAGUGCAAAGCUCGUGGGGAAAUAGAGUCCUGCGAAUAUUGUUUACGUGUAGAGGAACGCCGUCUGGUCCGAUCUGUGAAUCGCAUGGAGGCGGAGCAGCACAAGGCUGAAGCGAUGGUGCAGAGGAUCAUUGGCGAUCUCACAUCCUCGUUUACAAACGACCGGCCUGAUCGACGAGAGCAAGAGACAAUACAACUGGAAGGCGAACUGGACCAAGCUGUGGCCAGCAAGCAAAAGUUGCUGGACAACCUUCGCGCUACGAGCGCCGACCUUCGAAAGACGCGCAGAAGCAUGGAGCGUCAUGGCGUGUUACCUGGCGCUAGUCACCAUCUCCCAGUGCACUUUGGUGGUACAAGGAGCGCCAGAACAUCGGAUGACAGCUUCAAAAAGCGGCGUUUGAUUGACUCUCUAGAUUUGAAACCAGCAGCUACAGGUAGUGUCAGAAAAAAUGAUCAGCACUGA